CACCUUUCCGUGUGACCAUUAUAUUUUCCCGAGAAAAUACAGACGUGGCAAGAGUCCCGGAAGGUAAAUGAAGACAUCCUGCUGCUCUUCCUAUAAAACGGCGAUGCUCUCUGACGUGGAUCAUUUCUCGACGUGUCUCUCAACUCUCAGUGAACAUCCCAUUCCUGAUUUCGGACAUCCGACCAUGAGUCCAGUACUGAAGCUCUCUGUCGUCUGCCUGGUCCUUGCAGUGUCGGCACUGAUGCCGCAGACCUCACAAGCCAACCCCAUAGGCGUCUGUUGGGACACGUGGAGCCGCUGCUCUGAGUAAGUCAAAUAAAUUAUUUAAGCUUUAUUUCGUUGAACUAUUGUUUCGGGCACCAGCGCAUUGUAUGAAGACGGGGCGGAGGUCGCCUUCCGUUUCGAGGGGGGUGGGAAGGGGUGGUAAGGGGUCACUCUUGUAAUAUUGAAUGACUGCAUUUUCGGCCAACUGCAGAGUUUUUUUUUUUUCGUUGAAUCAGGCGGCAAAAAGACAGUGGCCGCCUCGAGGCAGCACUAACCCCAGCUACGCCUCUGCAUCUCUCUCUCUCAUUUAUCUGAAUAUUUUCUCUGCUCCUCAAAGACCAGGCGUUCCAUGUUUCUGUGUUACUGUAUCACUAUGUAAACUUUGCGUAAAUUUGUAUAGGAUUUUCCCUACAUCUUUAUCAACAAUUACAUUUUCUCUGCUCCCAUUAUAUCAGUUUUUAAGAUAUUUAUAAUGCAAAUAUUUGUAACCAAAAUAAUUAAGUCUUUUGGGAAAUGUGGAGGUGGCGGUUGCGUGUAUGUUAAGCGAACCCUGUUCUAUUUAGGCCAUCGGACAUUUUUUUGACCCCAUUUUUUUUAGUAGGGGUUUGUUACUUACGUCAUACUGGAUUAGUGGGGAUUGACUUAGCCGGGAUUAGGGCUAGAAUUGGAAAGGCUGGGUGACCUUUUUUGUGCUAUUAAAGGAAAUAUGGAAGCCGAAGGAGGUUAAGCUGCAAAUUAAAGUCAGAAUCUUUAACACAAAACGUCUAAACAAUCUUACUGCAUGGAGCAGAAACUUGGAAAACAACAGCGAGCAUUACGCAGAAAGUACAAACCUUCAUAAACACAUGACGUAUAAAGAUCCUGAACAUCAAAUGCCCAAUUACCAUCACCAAUAAAUAUCUACUAGAAGAGACAUACCAUUUGCCCAUUAAUUAAGAAAAGAUGGAGGUGAAUAGGGCAUGUACUCCGGGGAAAAACAUAUAGCAUCCCUAAAAUGGAAUCCACAUGGAAAAAGAAAGAGAGGAAGGCCAACGAAUACAUGGAGACGCGAGCUAGAGGCAGAAACGCAAUGUAUGGGAUAAACCUGGAAACUACUGGAAAGGAAAGCACAGGACCGUGAUGAACGGAAAAUUCUUAUGGACGGCCUAUGCCCCACACAGGGUAAAAAGGCAUAAGAGGAAGAAGAAGAAAGAGUGAGAUGUAAGACAGACGGGAGAUGGAGGUUGCGGUUUUGCGGAGGAGUUGGGGUUUUGAUGCAUACAGAAGAUGGAGUAGAGAAGGUUUGUGAUAGUUAUAGCCUGUGUGUUCACUUAGUUUUUUCACCUCUAGCCGUGGCAUCCAACAUUAACUCUCACUUUGCUUUGUUACUGACGUCACCAAUUGACACGGCACACUUAUUUUCCCCGCCAACCUUUGAUUGGGAAAGUUUGUUUACAUUUCCAGAAGUGUAUAAAUUAUACUUCAUAGAUGAAUAAAUACUUAAGAUGUCUCGUGUUUCAAUUUUUAUAACUGUAAAAUAGUGUCUUCCUAUAAAUAUGUAUUUAUUUAUAUGCUGAAAAUUAACAUUUAAAAUGUAAUCCAAACUGUUUCCAUUUAUUUUGAUCAAUAAAUAAACGUAGCUUUACUUAUAUUAAAUAAUAUAUUGCGAUUGAAUUUCUAGACUGUCUGUUUUUGAGAAUUCUGACGCCCUCACUAUAAAUUUGACGGUCGACUGUGACCGGAAGGCUCAACAGACUUAUAAGACUAAUAGGAGCCUUACAAGUCUUAGUAGAUUUUUCGCUGUUUGUGUUUGUUAAAAUAUGUACCUUUAUAGUUUGUAGUUUUUCCCUGUUUGGGCUGUAGGUUUAUGUAGUCUUGUAUAUAUGUAUAUAUGAUUUUGUAUUUGUAUACAUACUUACUAACUUACUAGUAUAAUUAAAUUGAAUAUUGUUAAUCUUCUCCUUCUUCUAUAUUUUGAGGGCCGACGAUCAAUGAAUUGAUCACUCUGGCUCCUAUGUUUCAGGGGGUUCGCGAUGUUACUGUGCAUGGUUUAGAAGGGGAUACUUCAGUGGUUGCAAGGGUGACCCAGCAAUGUAUAUAUGAUUUUGUAUUUGUAUACAUACUUACUAACUUACUAUUAUAAUUAAAUUGAAUAUUGUUAAUCUUCUCCUUCUUCUAUAUUUUGAGGGCCGACGAUCAAUGAAUUGAUCACUCUGGCUCCUAUGUUUCAGGGGUGUUCGCGAUGUUACUGUGCAUGGUUUAGAAGGGGAUACUUCAGUGGUUGCAAGGGUUACCCAGCAAUGGUAUUAUGAGAUGGGGGUUGGAAGACAGGAGGCAAUACUCGCAAAUUUGUCAAGUGUAGUCGCCUCAACUGUCACUAGCUUUGACAUCUUAUUUUCUUUAUAUACGGGUUUUCAGUCCUUUGUUAUGUAUGGUUCAUCAAACGCAGUGGUUCUCAACCUUCCUAAAGCCGCACCACUUUAAUACAGUUCCUCGCGUUGUGGUGGCCCUAAACCAUAAAACUGUUUUCGUUACUACUUCAUAAAUAUGUGUUUUCCUAUAGUCUUAGACGACCCGUAUGUAAAUGUGUGAAAUCUUAUAAUGCAACUUAACUGUGAUACAUUCGGUGUCAGUUGAUUGUGAUAAAUAUGGGAUCAAUGGGUUAUGAUACAUAUGGGAUCAGGAGUUUGUGAUACAUAUGGAAUCAGUGGGUUGUGAUACAUAUGGGAUCAGUGGGUUGUGAUACAUAUGGGAUCAGUGAGUUGUGAUACAUAUGGGAUCAGGAGGUUGUGAUACAUAUGGGAUCAGUAGGUUGUGAUACAUAUGGGAUCAGUGAGUUGUGAUACAUAUGGGAUCAGUGGGUUGUGAUACAUAUGGGAUCAGUAGGAUGGUGUGUACACAUUAUCGAAUGACGAAAAAUACAACGCAUGAACUUUAACCUCACUUAUCUAUAGUUAACAUUUCUUCUUACAUAACUUGACCUCUUUGCUUCACCAAAUGCUUAAUCAGAACGAUAUGUUAUUUAUUCCACAGAUGGAGCAAGUUUCUGUCUGGCACAGUUUGGUUAACUUGUCCUCAAAAGUGUCAAGAAUUGGGACAUAGAACAGGGGAUUGUGUCUUGGUCCCCUCUAAAUGCCCCAUUGCCAGUGAAGCAUAUCAGUGCCAAUGCAGUGACUAAGAGACGUAAUAACUAGGAUCUGACUGAAUCUAUCUUGGCAUUGUCUAUAAAAUUUUCACUUGUCAAACCUUCUUUUUUUCAAAUUAAAGGAAUAAAGACAAUGUAUUUGGCUUUA